AUGGUGGCCGUCUUCGCCGUGGUGACGGCCCCAUCUUGGGCCCUGCCCAUCUCGGAGUUCCUGGAGAACGGGGUUCUCCCCAUGGACGAGAACGAAGCUGAACAAGUGCAGCGUCGGGCGUCCGCCUACAACAUCAUCAACAACGAACUCGUCAAGCGCAAUUCGACGGGCGUUUUUCAGUGUUGCGUGGAGCAGGACAAGGGCAUAGAGAUCCUCUUUGACAUACACCAGGGCGAGUGUGGGCACCACGCCUCCUCGAGGUCCCUGGUAGCAAGGCUUUCCGCCAUGGUUUCUACUGGCCCACGGCCCUCCAAGACGCUGAAUCACUUGUCCUCAACACGGCCAAUCAAGAAGCUGGACGGGCCAACAGCCGUCCGGUUCGUCAAGGACAUAGCGGUGCACUAUGGCGUCUCGAACAGCAUCAUCACAGACAACGGCACCAACUUCGCCAAAGGCGCGCUCGCGCAGUAUUGCUCCGUCUCCGGCAUCCGCCUCGACUUGGCCUCCAUGGCCCGCCCUCAGUCCAACGGGCAGGUCGAGCGGGCCAACGGCCUUAUUUUAUCAGGCAUCAAGCCGCGGCUCGUCGAGCUGCUCGUCCGUUCACCUAGCAGCUAG